GCAAAAAUGGGGGUCGGGGAUGGACGCGACCAGUAUGAACUGGCGGCAACUUCGGAGCAAGGAGGGAAGAAGAAGAACAAAAACAAGAAGAAAGAAAAAGACAUGGAUGAAUUGAAAAAGGAAGUGGAUUUGGAUGAUCACAAGCUGACUUUGGAAGAGCUCAACCGUAAAUAUGGAACAGAUCUGAACAGAGGUCUUACAACUGCCCGCGCUGCUGAAAUUCUUGCCCGUGAUGGACCCAAUGCUCUCACCCCCCCUCCAACCACCCCAGAAUGGGUCAAGUUCUGUAAGCAGAUGUUUGGAGGUUUCUCCAUGCUGUUGUGGACAGGUGCCCUUCUCUGCUUUCUUGCAUAUGGCAUUCAGGCAGCAAUGGAGGAUGAGCCAGCCAAUGACAAUCUGUAUUUAGGAGUUGUGCUUUCAGCUGUGGUUAUCAUCACUGGAUGUUUCUCAUACUAUCAAGAAGCCAAGAGCUCCAAAAUUAUGGACUCCUUCAAGAAUUUGGUUCCACAGCAAGCGUUGGUUGUCCGUGACGGUGAGAAGAAUCAUGUUAAUGCUGAAGAAGUGGUGGUUGGUGAUCUGGUGGAAGUAAAAGGUGGUGACAGGAUCCCUGCUGACCUGAGAAUCAUAGCCUCACACGGCUGCAAGGUGGAUAACUCAUCUCUGACUGGAGAAUCAGAGCCUCAGACAAGGUCCCCAGAUUACUCAAAUGAUAAUCCUCUAGAGACCAGGAAUAUUGCUUUCUUCUCAACCAACUGUGUUGAAGGCACUGCUCGCGGCAUCGUCAUCAGCACUGGAGACCGUACAGUAAUGGGCCGAAUUGCAACACUGGCAUCUGGUCUGGAGGUUGGACGCACCCCUAUCUCUAUUGAGAUUGAGCACUUCAUCCAUAUCAUCACUGGCGUGGCUGUCUUUCUGGGUGUCUCUUUCUUUGUCCUAUCUCUUGCUCUUGGUUACUCCUGGUUGGAGGCUGUUAUCUUUCUUAUUGGCAUCAUUGUGGCCAACGUACCUGAAGGUCUCCUUGCUACAGUCACAGUUUGCCUCACCCUCACAGCUAAACGUAUGGCUAAGAAAAACUGUUUGGUUAAGAAUCUGGAGGCUGUUGAAACCCUGGGCUCAACCUCAACCAUCUGUUCUGAUAAAACUGGCACAUUAACGCAGAAUCGUAUGACCGUAGCUCACAUGUGGUUUGAUAACCAGAUCCACGAGGCCGACACCACAGAGAAUCAGAGUGGCACCAGCUUUGACCGUAGCUCAGCCACCUGGGCCUCACUGGCCCGCGUUGCUGGGCUCUGCAACAGGGCUGUAUUCCUAGCUGAACAGACUGAUGUGCCAAUUCUGAAGAGAGAUGUUGCUGGAGAUGCGUCUGAAUCUGCCCUGCUGAAGUGCAUUGAGCUUUGCUGUGGAUCAGUGAAAGAUAUGAGAGAAAAGUACACCAAAGUGGCGGAAAUCCCUUUUAACUCCACAAACAAAUAUCAGCUGUCGGUGCAUAAGAACCCAAAUGGUGGCACAGAGUCUAAGCAUCUGCUGGUGAUGAAAGGAGCCCCAGAGAGAAUCCUGGACCGCUGCUCUACGAUAUUGAUCCAAGGAAAGGUGCAAGCUUUGGAUGAUGAAAUGAAAGAAGCCUUUCAGAAUGCUUACCUGGAGCUUGGAGGCCUUGGAGAAAGAGUUUUGGGAUUCUGUGAUUUCUGCCUCCCGGACGAAGAGUUUCCAGAAGGUUUUCCGUUUGAUACUGAGGAUGUGAAUUUCCCUACUGAGAAUCUGUGCUUUGUGGGUCUCAUGUCAAUGAUUGAUCCUCCGCGUGCUGCUGUUCCUGAUGCUGUAGGCAAAUGCAGAAGUGCUGGAAUCAAGGUUAUCAUGGUUACCGGUGACCAUCCCAUCACUGCUAAAGCCAUAGCGAAGGGUGUUGGGAUUAUUUCUGAAGGUAAUGAGACUGUGGAAGAUAUUGCCGCUCGCUUGAACAUUCCUGUCAAUGAGGUGAACCCCAGAGAUGCAAAGGCCUGUGUGGUUCACGGAGGAGAUCUGAAGGACCUCUCGUGUGAACAGCUGGAUGACAUUCUGAAGCACCACACUGAAAUAGUGUUCGCCAGAACGUCACCACAGCAGAAACUGAUUAUUGUUGAAGGCUGUCAGCGACAGGGAGCUAUAGUGGCUGUAACAGGGGAUGGUGUGAAUGAUUCUCCAGCCCUGAAGAAGGCUGAUAUCGGUGUCGCUAUGGGCAUUGCUGGCUCAGACGUGUCCAAACAGGCUGCGGACAUGAUCCUUCUGGAUGACAACUUUGCCUCAAUCGUCACAGGUGUAGAGGAAGGCCGUCUUAUCUUUGACAACCUGAAGAAGUCCAUUGCUUACACCCUGACCAGCAACAUCCCUGAAAUCACACCGUUCCUGCUCUUCAUUAUCGCUAACAUCCCCUUGCCUCUUGGAACUGUGACCAUUCUGUGUAUUGAUCUGGGAACAGACAUGCUGCCUGCUAUUUCUCUGGCGUACGAGGCUGCUGAGAGCGAUAUCAUGAAGAGGCAGCCAAGAAACCCUAAAACGGACAAGUUGGUGAAUGAAAGACUUAUUAGCAUCGCAUAUGGACAGAUAGGUAUGAUUCAGGCUCUGGCUGGAUUUUUCACCUAUUUUGUCAUUCUUUCUGAAAAUGGCUUUUUACCAUCAAGACUACUAGGAAUACGUGUAUAUUGGGAUGACAAGCAUAUUAAUGACCUGGAGGACAGUUAUGGGCAACAGUGGACAUAUGAGCAGAGGAAGAUUGUGGAGUUCACUUGCCACACAGCGUUCUUCGCCAGCAUUGUGGUCGUGCAGUGGGCCGAUCUGAUUAUCUGCAAGACCAGGCGCAAUUCUGUCUUCCAGCAGGGAAUGAAGAACAAAAUCCUGAUCUUUGGAUUGUUUGAGGAAACGGCUUUGGCGGCUUUCUUGUCUUACUGCCCUGGCAUGGAUGUGGCUCUCAGAAUGUACCCUCUCAAGCCCAACUGGUGGUUCUGUGCCUUCCCGUACUCUCUUCUCAUCUUUAUUUAUGAUGAAAUGAGAAAGCUCAUCCUUAGACGAAACCCAGGAGGUUGGGUGGAAAGAGAGACGUAUUACUAGUCAAGAUGUCCGCAGUUCUCUGUUUUCUCUUUGUGGAGUUCCAGUAGUUUUGCUGUUUUGAAUUUAACAUGUACAUUUUAAAAUAUUUUUAUAUAGAACAAUUGUAGUUCUGAGAUCCUGCAGACACUGAUACAGAUAGACUUGAAAAGCGUAAGUGUUUUAUAAUUGUGUAAUUUGAAUAAACUGUGUUCG